AUGAAUGUUUCAGAACUUACUAACCAAGCGAUAGUACAAAAACAAGUCUAUUAUGGCCACCCAAAUGAGCAAGGUACGAAUGAACCGAUACAGAUAAGCUACCCAACGACAGAAGUAGUGGGGCACGGAUCCUUUGGGGUUGUCUUCACGACAACCAUUGAAGAAACGAACGAAAUGGUGGCGAUUAAAAAAGUUUUGCAAGAUAGAAGAUUCAAAAAUAGGGAAUUGGAAAUAAUGAAAUUGCUCAAACAUAAAAACAUAAUAGAUUUAAAGUAUUAUUUUUACGAAAAGGACACACAGGGUGAAGUUUAUCUGAACUUGAUUCUUGAUUUCAUGCCCCAGUCAUUGUAUCAACGAUUACGUCAUUUUGUUCAUCAACAAAGUGUUAUGCCCAGACUAGAAAUUAAGUGUUACAUGUAUCAGUUAUUCAAGGCAUUAAAUUAUUUGCAUCAUCACACAAACGUGUGUCAUAGAGAUAUUAAGCCGCAAAACUUACUGGUAAAUCCAAAUAAUUGGGAAUUAAAGCUUUGUGAUUUUGGUUCAGCGAAGCAAUUAAAACCGUCCGAACCGAAUGUUUCGUAUAUUUGCUCGCGUUAUUAUCGUGCCCCAGAAUUAAUCUUUGGUGCAACCAAUUAUACAAACCAAAUUGACGUUUGGUCAUCUGCUUGCGUUAUGGCAGAAUUAUUGUUAGGCCAACCAAUGUUUCCUGGGGAAAGUGGUAUUGAUCAACUGGUUGAAAUUAUAAAAAUUUUAGGCACGCCCUCAAAACAAGAAAUUUGUGCAAUGAAUCCAAAUUACAUGGAACAUAAAUUUCCCCAGAUUAAACCAAUACCAUUGAAUAAGGUUUUCAAGAAAGAGGAUGAUUCUACAGUUGAAUUUUUAAACAACAUGUUACGGUAUGACCCUUUAGAAAGGUUCAAUUCUUUGCAAUGCUUAUGUUCAACUUAUUUUGAUGAAUUACGAUAUUCCCAAGAUAAUUUAAGAGAAAUUGUCAAUAAUCUAGAUUUGCUACAUUUUGAUUAUCAAACAGAAUUAGGUCACUUAACAAAUGACCAAUUAGCUGCUGUAAAAUUAAAAUUAAUGCCCAACAUAAUAUAA